CGUCUCUCUACCCAAAACAAAAUAUCACACUUCACGUUAUAUGACUUAUAUAAACAUAUUCUAAACUAUUUAUCUAUCAUCCAUCCUUCAUUGGUUUUCGACAAAUUUGAUUCCCACAAAUUAUUUGAUAUCUUGAGGAAAUGAAAUUCUUCAUUUUUAUUCUAGCGUUACAACAACUCUACGUACAAAGUUUCGCCCAAGAUUUCGAUUUCUUCUACUUCGUUUUACAGUGGCCUGGAGCGUAUUGUGAUUCAAGACAUAGUUGUUGCUAUCCACAAACCGGUAAACCAGCUGCAGAUUUUGGAAUUCACGGUCUUUGGCCUAACUACAAAACCGGUGGAUGGCCGCAAAAUUGUAAUCCUGACAGUCGAUUUGAUGAUUUACGGGUUUCUGAUCUGAUGAGCGAUUUACAAAGAGAAUGGCCAACGUUGUCGUGUCCGAGCAAUGAUGGUAUGAAGUUUUGGACACAUGAGUGGGAGAAACACGGUACGUGCGCUGAGUCCGAGCUUGACCAACACGAUUACUUCGAAGCUGGUCUCAAGCUCAAACAGAAAGCUAAUCUCCUUCAUGCCCUUACCAAUGCUGGGAUCAAACCGGAUGAUAAAUUUUAUGAAAUGAAAGAUAUUGAGAAUACGAUCAAACAAGUAGUUGGGUUUGCUCCGGGCAUUGAAUGUAACAAAGAUUCGUCACAUAAUAGCCAACUCUAUCAGAUUUAUUUAUGUGUUGACACUUCGGCCUCCAAAUUCAUCAACUGUCCUGUUAUGCCGCAUGGUCGAUGCGACUCUCGAGUUCAAUUUCCCAAGUUCUAAAUUUUAUGGCUACAUUUUUUCUAUGUAUUUACAUUCUACCUAUUAAUUUUUAUUUGUGUUUCUUGCAAAAUUUAGUUGUAAUAAACAGUGUAUAAUUGGACGAUACCCGUGAUUUGCAUGGUAAAAAGAUGAUAAAGGUUACUAAUUUGUUUCUAGUUAAAAUACUAAUUUACAGUUCUCUUACAAUGUUAUGGUGAGAAAAUUGUUCUGGUAGUUCCUUGCUGAAAUUCAAGGCAUGUAUAAUUUAUACCAGUUAAAUUAAUGUUUUGUGAACAUAGAAUACAUUCAUGUGUACCUAGCCUGUUCAUGCAUGA